AUGAAUGCGCAACUCCUCAAUCCGUUUACCAUCGACAUCCCCGAUUCAGUCUCCUCCACGCUCUCCACUGCCGAAUGCAGCACGCUCCUCUUCAACCACGGCUCGUCGAUCCUUUCCGGUCAAUACCUCGCCGUGGGUCGUAGUGAUGGCUACAUCACCAUCUGGGAUAUCGAAACAAAGUCCGUGCUUCGACUGCUCGCAGGUCAUGUUCGACCUGUCACGGGCUUGGCGUGGAGUAGGUACAAUCGCUACCUUGCGAGUUGCAGUGGAGAUUGGAAUGUCGUUGUUUGGGAUCUGGCCGCUAAGAGUCAAGCAGCGAGUGGGCUGAGAAAAGCAGCGGGCAGAGAGGGAGAUGUUGUAAACACGGACGAGACAGAUCCAAGAUUGCCGUUUGAAAGCGAGAGAAAGACGACGAUCAGGUUUGAUUGUGCUGUAUCCUCUGUUCAGUUCGCACCGGCAAGCAGUGGUUGGCUCGUGGUAGUGCUCGCUUCGCAAGAGGCAUAUCUCGUCGACAUCCGUGAUAAAGUCAGGCUGGGUAAAACUCGGGGUGAGAAUGGCAAGGUUCAAGUCAAAGAUGUGGAAUGUUCGCCUCGACGUAUCCUCCUCAGCAGUGCCGCCGCAGCGCAAGUAAUCAACUCCGAGGCAACUCAAGCUCAAGACGAAGCUGAAGAGCCAACACCAGCAGCCAGCUCAACACCAGGUAUAACGGCAGCCCGCUUCACGCCGGAUUCACGCUUCAUCGUCGCCGGAACUUCGAAAGGCAGUCUUUUGAUCUUCGACGCUGUAACCGGUGACGUGCUUGACGAGCUCAAAGUGCUCAGCACCACUUCAGGCGUCAAAGAACUCGCCUUCGAUUCCACCGGCAAAUUCCUCGUCGUCAACUGCAACGAUCGAGCGCUUCGAAUCCUGUCUGUUCACACUACCUCAUCCACCACCUCGCAUCACAACGAUCGACCGGCCAAACGUCUGCGUACCUCUCUGUCACUGACCCUUCUCCACAAGAUUCAAGAUAUGAUCCAACGCACCGCAUGGAACAACAUCGGCUUUAGCCCUUCUUCCGACUACAUCUUCGCAGGAGCAGCGCAUAAAGCAUCGCACAACGUCUACAUCUGGGAUCGAACGUCUUCGACGCUCUCGAAAAUCUUGGAAGGUCCGAAAGACUGGUCUAUCGGCGUCGACUGGCAUCCCUCCAGACCGAUGUUGGCUUCGGCGAGCAAUACCGGCGCGAUCUACGUCUGGUUCACUCCAACAGAAGAAAUUUGGUCAGCCUACGCGCCAGGCUUUGAAGAGUUGGAGGAGAACAUGGAGUACGAAGAACGCGAGGACGAGUUUGACUUUAUCGAUGGCAAGGGCGAGAGUGAGAGAUUGCGGCAGGAGGAAGAGGAGGCCGCUUACGUGCGCAUCUGCGACGCUGACACAGCUGGCAGAGACAAUACUAGGCAAACGGGUGCGAGUGUAGCGUGGGGCAAAGUGUCGGCCAUUCUGGCGGUGAACAACGACGAACAGGAGGGCAGAGAAUGGAUCACACUCAAGAAGCUGUUCGCGACAAGGUUGGAUCAAGUAUCUACCGAUUUCAGCUGGAACCCAAAAGCAGACGGCGAGGCUGGAGAAGAGACAUGGAUUGAAUGUACAUUGUUAGACGACGACGACUGUGAUCGAUUCGUCAUUCCACCUCGUCUAGAGCUCGACUUUUCGGUUUUCCACGACGAUCAUCUCUAA